AGAGAAAAGCAGAUCCAGCAUUUUUGUAUCGCCUCGGCGUCUUCAUUUCACCGGCUCGUCGUUGACCAAUUCAGCACAAGAACCUCUCGAGACCUAGAGGCCCCCUCGUUCCUCCGCGGCCCUUCGCCCCCGACACGCGCGACGGAGAUGGCGAAUCCGAUCCCACGCUCGGCGGUCUUCGCCGUCCUGGCUCUCCUCCUGCUGGCGUCGCCGUGCCUCGCCGCCUCCGACGUCCCGUUCAUCGUCGCUCACAAGAAGGCCUCUCUCAAGAGGCUCAAGUCUGGCGCCGAGCGGGUCCUCGUCUCCGUCGACAUCUACAAUCAAGGAUCCUUGAUCGCAUAUGAUGUAAGUCUUUCUGAUGAUAGCUGGUCUCAAGAACUAUUUGAUGUGGUCAAUGGCAACACAUCUCAGUCAUGGGAAAGACUGGAUGCUGGUGGUCUUAUUUCUCAUUCUUUUGAGUUGGAGGCUAAAGAGAAAGGGAUGUUUUUUGGGGCACCAGCAAUCAUUAAGUUCCGGAUCCCAACGAAGGCUCCUCUACAGGUGGCCUACUCUACUCCUAUACUGCCUCUUGAUAUCCUUGCAGAGAGACCUCCUGAGAAGAAAUUUGAGUGGGCUAAGAGACUGCUGGCCAAAUACGGAUCUCUGAUUUCUGUGAUCAGUAUUAUGGUUCUGUUUGUGUACUUGGUCGCUACCCCAUCAAAAUCCGGUGCAGCCAAGGGUAGCAAGAAGAGGCGGUGAAGCUGAAAGUUUUGUUCGUGACAUAGUCUGAAGCAAGGCCAGAUCUUCAGCUCAAAGGAAUGCUGUCUGUGUUUACCCUUUUAGAAAGAAGAGUUCUACUGUUGAGGUAGUUUUAGCAAGUGAUAGAUGGACCAAUUUAUCCUUUGAGAGGCAUGGCGCGAUCACUGCUAAUUUUGUGUUUGUUUACACCUUUACGGUACUAAUGGCUUAUCAAUUUUGGAUUGAGCGUUUA